AUGCUGCGCCUCCUGAACACUGCUCCAUAUGCUAGCGUCUACGCAAGGGCUGGCUUCCAUACUGGUACCGCCAAGCUUGCAGGUUCCUUCGAUGAAGCAGUAGCACAAGGUCUUGACAUAGAAGAGAUCUACGAAGAGGACAAUGUGGGGAACAGGGAGACUGGCGGUGGUACGGGAAAUGUCACGGAUCGCAAGAGGUCGCUUGUUGUGGCGGAAGAGGCGUGGAUCGUGAGUGCAGGUACAUUUUUGGUUCGCAUUGGACAGAAGAACUAUGCGGUGCACCUAAUGAUCCAUGGCAUACAGCCUUGGGACUGUCAGGCUGUCCGCCGCUGCGACCUACCUUUGUCGAUGGGACGCAGCGCCAAGACUGAUUCUGGACCUGAAGAGACCUGCGCGACCGUAACACCAGAACCUGAGGCAUAG